UAAAAAACCGGAACCCACCUGGGCUGGACUCAGCCCUAGAAGCCUCCUCAGACCAGCUCUCUGCACCCAGACGGCUAUCAGGUGAGCUCAGGAGAAGGCUCUCAGACCGGAUCUGCGUGCCGCUGUGUCAUGGACGGGGUGACCCGGGCCCUUCUCCUCCUGUUGGCUGGACUGCCUGUCUUGGAAGCCAAUGACGUGAUUGAUAAAGACAGUCCCUUCUACUAUGACUGGGAAGGCCUGCAGCUGGGCGGGAUGAUCUGUGCGGGCCUCAUGUGCAUCGCUGGAAUCUUGUUCGCCCUGAGUGGCAAAUGCAAAUGCAAGAACAAGCAGAAGCACGGCUCCUUACCUGAGAAAGCUGUUCCACUCCUCACUCCAGGCUCUGCCAGUACCUGCUGAGCACAGGAUUGGUUUCAUGACCCUCCCUGCACUGGCUCCCAUGCUGUCCCCUUCCCCUUGGGGGCCUUACCCACUCAGGAUGGCUUUUCUCUCUGUUGGUGGGCCCUGAGGCUACCUUCUGAUCAAAAGGCUGUCCAGAGCUUAUUUCUAAAUUAAAUUUAUCUUCCCCUCUGAUGG